AUGUCAAACAACUUACCAACUCUUCCUUCCACUGACCAUGCAAGGAGAGUUUUCAGUGUUGAAGAUGACCCAAAUGAAAUUAAACAAGAUAUUCGAGAUAUAGAAAAUCUAACUCAUUCGCACUCAAAUGAUAUAAAUAUACGGAAAAAUGUCGUAACUAAUAGUAACAACCCUUCUAAUGAUAAUUUGAUUUCACCGAUAUAUUCUUCAAAAUCUAUUAACCUUUUUCAAAACAAUAACUCUAAUGGUACUCCAAGUAAUGAAAAACAAAAUAACAGGAAACCACCGAGAAUCCCUGUAGAGGAUCAUUUGAAUUCAAUCCAUUCCAUGAGGUCAAUCGAUCAUGAUCCAGUAAAGGAUAGAAUUGUCAUUCAUGACCAUACAGGAACUUCAGGCCAAGAUUUUAUUAUUGAUCGUAUUAAUGUAGAUCAUGGAGAUGAUAGAAUAUCCAAUGUUUCAUCUACAGAAUCAUUUACUUUACGUGAAAGACAAGAUGCUAUUAAUGAGACACAUCCAUUUGGUAUUAGAAUUUGGAAGCCUGCUUUAUAUAAGAAGCAGAGGUCUGUUCAAAAAACAGCAGACCAAGAUAUUCAUGAAACCAAAAUUAAAAUACUAGGCUGGUAUGUCCACUUAUCUAAUUUUCUAUGGUCAGUUACAUGCGGUAUAAUACUAUUUAUAUUAUGUUACAUUGCAGGUAUAUUAGUGCCCAUUUUAGGAUUUUUUACGAAGUCAUCUAGAGCAUAUGCCGCUGUUUUCUUUAAAUUAGCCCGUUAUUUGUUGUGGCCAUUUGGAAAAGUAGUAUAUCUGAUCCAAGAUGAUCGUUAUUUGAUAGAGGAUAAUAAUGAAGGUAUAAGCGCCCAGCAGUUUUUCACAUGGAUUACAUCGUAUGGUAAGAUGUUUUCAGGUCAGCAAUUAAAUUCAACAUCAACAAACCAACAUCAUAGUUAUGAAUCAUUGCGUGAUAUGAAUCGGAUAAACCAAGCUUCAUACGGUUCUAUACAACAAUUUAUUACUGAUCAGCAAAAGCAAAACAACAACUCAAUAGAUGCUGUGACUGAAGGUAAUAACCGCCAGCAAAGUAAUGGAAGCGGAUUAGACAGAGAGGCAUCAGUUACCGAUGGGCAUAUCAAUCACCGAAGAUAUUUUGGAAGAGGUGAAUGGACUAUAGGGAGAUUGGCUUUCUACGUCUUAUUUUACAUUAUUUUACAACCUAUUGUCCUACUACUGUCUUUAAUAACAUGGUUAUUUGUUUUCACUAUACCGAUGAGUAACAUAUUAUGGAAAUUGUCAUACCAUUUAAGAAGACAUCCUCUUGCUUUGGAUUUUAAAUCACUUGAAAGAAGAGUUCCCGCUGGAAACUCUUUACUCUCAUCUGAUAAUAAAAAUGUCAUUCUAUGUACCUUUAGAUGUGCAGGUCUCCACUAUUAUAAAUAUACUGUCGAUGGUACAAAUGUCAUAGUUAUGAAUUUAAUUGCGAUUGUCUUUUUUACCAUUUUUGAUUUUUAUGUGAUAAAAAAUUAUUGUGGUUUGAAAUCAUGGUUAAGUAAUGAAUCAACAAUUUUUGUAUUUUGUUUAAUUUCAAUUACACCUUUGGCCUUCUAUAUUGGUCAAGCAGUGGCUUCGAUUUCAGCUCAAACUUCAAUGGGUGUAGGUGCUGCUAUCAAUGCAUUUUUCUCAACGGUAGUCGAAAUAUUUUUGUAUUGUGUCGCAUUGCAACAAAGGAAAGGAUUACUCGUGGAAGGUUCAAUGAUUGGAUCAAUUCUAGGUGCAGUACUGAUGCUUCCUGGUCUUUCAAUGUGUAGUGGUGCUUUUGUCAGAAAAACACAGCGUUAUAAUCCGGCAAGUGCUGGCGUAUCAUCUGCUCUGCUUAUAUUUUCUAUGAUAGUUAUGUUCUUCCCAACAAUUCUCUAUGAAAUAUAUGGCGGGUACAUUGUCACAUGCGAAGACAAAGAUGAUAAAUCUUUGACUGUCUUUUCUGCUAUUCUAGCAAUGACCUCAGAAAAGUGCUAUUUUAGCCGUCCACCUUUAAAGUUUGACAAAAUGUAUAAAUCAAUUAUUCAACCAAUGUCUAUUACAUCUGCGGUUGUAUUAUUUCUAGCUUAUUUCAUAGGGUUAUGGUUUACUCUAAGAACUCAUGCCAAAUUAAUCUGGCAAUUACCAAUAUCCGAUCCACCAAAGGAAACAGGCGGUGUACCUAGCUCUGAAUCCAAUAUUAUUCAUGCUCAAGAUAAUGGACAUGAUGGCAGUAAUACCCACGAAGCUCCAAAUUGGUCGAGGUCAAAAUCAACCUGGAUUUUAUUAUUAUCAACAUUAUUGUAUGCAAUAAUCGCUGAAAUAUUAGUUUCAUGUGUUGAUUCAAUUUUAGAGGAUUUUCCAUCUUUAAAUCCAAAAUUUUUAGGUUUGACAAUUUUUGCAUUAGUACCAAAUACUACGGAAUUCUUAAAUGCCAUUUCAUUUGCAAUGCAUGGGAAUGUUGCAUUAUCGAUGGAAAUCGGUUCUGCCUAUGCUUUACAAGUAUGUCUUUUACAAAUUCCUGCAUUAGUAUUGUACUCAUUCUUUCACACAUGGAAUAUAGAUCAUUCUUUGAUAAGUAUUAGAGAUGAAAUGUUUCCGUUAGUUUUUCCUAGAUGGGAUCUAGUAGGAUCAAUGACAAGUGUGUUUUUAUUCACCUAUUUAUAUGCUGAAGGCAAAUCUAAUUAUUUCAAAGGUUCAAUUUUGAUAUUAUUAUACAUUGCUAUCAUUAUUGGUUUCUAUUUCCAAGGUCUUAUUGACAGUAAUAAUUCAGGACAAUGA